AUGUCGUCUUAUAGAUAUUCCGCUUUACUCAUUAUACGCAAUCAAUUACGAUGCAACCGUACAAAUGGCCGUCGCUGGUACUCAGAUAAGCCAGUUGAGCCCCUUCGCGUCCUCUUCUGCGGCUCCGACGAAUUCAGCAUUGCUUCCCUGAAAGCUCUCCACGCCGAACAGCUACGAGCGCCACAAUCCAUCAAGUCAAUUGACGUUGUCUGUCGACCGGGGAAACGGGUUGGACGAGGGCUGAAACAGAUUCGCGAAGUACCGAUCAAGUCGACUGCUUCGGAGCUUGGCCUCAGGAUACACGAACUAGACACAUUCAAAGGAUGGACUCCUCCGGAUGGACCAAUUGACCUGAUUGUCGCCGUGUCUUUCGGUCUCUUCGUUCCCUCUAGAUUACUCACGGCUGCAAAGUACGGAGGAGUCAAUGUCCAUCCUUCACUACUUCCAGACCUUCGAGGUCCGGCCCCUCUACAUCACACCCUCCUCUCCGGACAAACGACAACCGGUGUAACGCUUCAAACCCUCCACCAUAAACAUUUUGAUCAUGGCAUAAUACUCGACCAAACACCUGCCCCGGGUAUCCCGGUUCCGAAUCCAGAAUCAUGCACAGUACCCGAACUAUUGGGGCUUCUUGCACCAAAGGGCGCGGAAAUGCUGCUCAAUGGCAUUCGGAAUUGCGUAUUCGUGCCUCCGUUGAAGGAAGUCGAGUCUCAAUUCAGGGGAUAUGACGCCAAGAAUCUUACACAUGCGGCGAAGAUAACACCGGAGGAUCGUCAUAUCAAAUGGAGAGAAUGGGCCUGGACUGAUAUCAAUCGCCGGCAACGAGUCCUAAGUCCCUUGUGGAGCAAGGCUCUCAUUCCAGCCCAAAAGCCGUCUGCCGAAGACCCAAAGAACUUCCAGUGGAAGAGAAUUAUUUUCGAUGAAAUCGAAGAGGUCUCACAAGACACUGUUCCGGGAAGUCAAUGGCUGUCACUACUUCCAGGGGUAGCAUUCACCCCCGGCAACCCUACUCAAAACAAAAUCCACGACAAAGCAUUAUAUAUCUACACCACAGAUGGAAAACUCUUACGUCUAAACAGACUAAAAGUCGAAGGGGAUAGGUUCAAUGAUGCGCUUACUGCUGCUCAAAAGGCUCACAUGUUCUCUCCGAAAAGCUUUCGGGCUACGGAUGCCGAGUUCAGCUUGUUCUAUAAUCCUUUGUGUUGA